ACAUGUUGAUGUAGAACUGCCAACCUUUCCCCAAAGUGUAUCAAAAGACCGUAGCUUUUAAAAUGAAUGUGUGAAUUACAAAGAUAUCAUUUUAGGUUUAGGUUCAUUUCCUAAAGAUUCCCAAUCGAUGUGUUUGGUGCUGCGUUACUAAAACGAGGUCAUUUGAAUGAAAAGUACUUUUGGUGUAAUUCAGUUUUCAAGCAUGUGUUGUUUUCAUCUCUUCUUUAGGCUUACAAGACAACAGGAAAGCAGUGUCGUAAGCAGCUGAGAAAGAACAUGUUCUACCCAGAGUACGUGGACAUGGAGACGGAGGUCCUCGGAGUGAUGAUGGAGGAAGAGAUGAGGAAAUUCCUUGAUGAGGAACUACCGUGUCACAUUAUCGCCACCAUUAACUCCCUGUGUCAUCUCUCAGACCUGGAGGAGGAGGAGCAGCUGGACGAGAACGAGGAAGAGGCCGUUGAUGAUGAUGAUGACGACGACGACGACGACGAUGACAGCAGCGUGGAGGAGAUGAGGAGCGAGGGGGAGGAGGAAGACGAGGAGGAGGAGGAGGAAGACGAGGAGGAUGAGGAAGAGGAAGAACACGACCACAGCGAGGCUUACAGCUUCAGCCCAGGGGAGGAGGACGAGGAGGAGGAGGAGGAAGAAGAAGAGGAGGAAGAAGACGGUGAGGAUGACAGGGUUCCCGCAGGCUCUUAAAAAAGUCUUAAAUAUGAUCCAAAAAAUAAGGAAGAUUUGAUGUAGAAGGUUUUAACCUUCGGGUCAAAUCUGACCGAUUGACUUCUUUCAUCAUCACUUUUUUGUUCUACAUCCAAUUGCAUUAAGGCUUUAUGAUAUCUUUCACAGUAGAC